AUGCGGAUACUGUCUCAAAUCAUCGACGCGAGAGACUCCUUCGACGCGGACUCCCGCCUCCCCUCUCUGAUGAGCAAUACUUCUGCUCCGGCCUCGCCGGCUCUCUCUCUGUUCUCCAGUCACAAUCGCAUCUCCAGUUCUGUUUCUUCUUUGGUGCCAUCUAUAGGCAACUCCAUGGAUAGUCCAAACCGAAAUCCACUCUCCGGCGUGAAAGAAGAGGAUCUGGCUCGUGACUCACUAGAGGAUCAAUAUUUCCAACAUUUCGAGUGUGGCGUGUCCACCGAAGAACCCUCUUUCCCCAUGGAUCCCUCCGAUAGCUACGACUUGAGUGAUGCAGGUAUGGAUUUUGCGCCAUCGCCCAAAAAGCGUCGAUCAGAUACUCUGUCCAUGAACGGUGUCUCUCGCAUCAGCUCGCACAUUUCGACCAUGUCAACAAGAUGGAAGUCCAAGCGAACCUCUGGAAGUCCUGAGCGAGACAUUUUCCCCGAUAAUCUGCGAUCGCGCGCCAACUCCGCAGCCUCCUCGGCCUUGGCAAGCCCUGCCUUGGGCCCAAUCCACCGCAUCGACUCGAUCCCUCCAUCUCCCGCCCGUACCAUCUUCGAGGAGCGCAUGAGCGAUUCGGGAGCGCGUCCGAUCGACAUCACGAGGGCCAACAGCUUGAGCCAGGAUGACAAUGACAACCAGGCGACCACUCCACUUCUUCCUCCAUUCAUGGGCGAGGAACCCCUAAGCGUGAUCGCCUCCCGAGUACAAUCUCCACUGCAAUCCCCCUCCGUGGCCGAUGUGAGUGUGAGUGAUUCACCGAAAUACGUGUGUUCCGAAUCCCGCUUCGCAGGCAUCCCGUCACCGCCAUUAUCAUCUCGACCCUCCAUGGCCUCCAUUAGCCGUCCUCGAGCCAGCACCACUUCCCGGACAGUCUCGGGAGAAGUCGCGCCAUUCAUGCUGUCGGAUCCCAACGAUGAAUGGGCCAAUAAGCUCGGUCAUGCCAAUUUCACCAUCCUGCCCGACCCAUACGAGCCCACAACCUGCGACAUGAACACCUUCCACUUAUUCCGCGCCGACUGGGAUCUUGCUCGUUGCAACUUUGCCAAGCACCUUGUUCGUACUGGCGAACACUACGGUACAACUUCCAAUAUCUAUAAGCUCACGGGCGAGAAAUGGGAGUUCCUCAACCGACAGUGGCGACAGCUACACGAUGCCCUGUUGAACCAGCUUGAGAUGAUCGAUGGUGUCGCCCUCACCCUCACCCAAUCAAAUAUCCACCAAUGCGAGCAGGAAGUUCGAAUUCCACGUCUCCACGAUGACAAAUUCCCCGAAAUGGGAGACGAGGAUAUUGUCGGCCCGAUGACAGUCGCCCCGGCCGCUGAGAUCCGCCGAUUCUGUCGACCCAAAUCCAUCAAGAAGCGCAACUUCUUCAAGUUCUUCCAGGAUCUGGUCUCACGCCCUUAA